AGUGGCUUAGGAGAAAUAAAGUGUGCAAGUUUAAUAGAAAAAGUGCUGUGUGUAUUGUUUUCUUUUGGGGUUAUUCAAGAGCAUUGCAGUGAUUUGCCGUAAAAAUAUUUUUACAACAACAGUAAACAAAACCCCGCAAAGAGCAAACAAACAAAAAACGAAAGUUUUCAAAGUUCGAAUGCAAAAAAAAAGCAACAAAUAAAGCAUAUCUCAGCUAAUAAACAAACGAAAUGGUCAUCGGAAACAAAGAGGGUAUUAAAAAUCGAAUUGUAAAAAACUCUUUGGUUGAAAAUACGCAACGGUAAAUUUGUAAAGCUGUAGGUACAUAGAUUGUAAAUUAAUCAACUUUCACCAAAGCGAAGAAAACCAAAAAAAAAGACAGCAAAUGUUUAGCACUUGUGUGGCCAAAACUCUUAACCAAACCAUAAUUACUGUCCGUUUUCUUUAACGACCGUUUGUGUCGUUAAAACUUAAAGCUUCCUCUAACAACGGUCACUCAGAAAAAUUAAAUCAAGAUGCGUGUUGUGGCCAUGGUAAGCGGCGGCAAGGAUAGCUGCUAUAAUAUGAUGCAGUGUGUGGCUGAAGGACAUGAAAUUGUCGCUUUGGCCAAUUUACAUCCCAAGGAUAGAGACGAACUCGAUAGCUUUAUGUAUCAGACGGUGGGUCAUAUGGGCAUAGAAAUUCUUGCUAAAGCCAUGGGUUUACCAUUGUAUCGGCAGGAGACCAAAGGCAAAAGUACACAGACGGGCAAACACUAUGUGCCCACGGACAACGAUGAGGUCGAAGAUUUAUAUAACUUGCUAGCCACGUGUAAGGAAGAAUUACAAGCUGAAGCUGUGGCAGUAGGCGCUAUACUCUCCGAUUAUCAACGGGUACGAGUUGAAAAUGUUUGCAGUCGCCUUAAUUUGGUAUCAUUGGCCUAUCUAUGGAGGAGAGAUCAGACUGAAUUACUGCAGGAAAUGAUUGAUUGUCAAGUGCAUGCCAUUUUAAUUAAAGUAGCCACAUUAGGUUUAGUUCCUGAUCGCCAUUUAGGGAAAUCUCUGCGAGAGAUACAACCACAUUUGUUGAAAAUGCGAGAUAAAUAUGGUUUAAAUGUCUGUGGUGAGGGUGGGGAAUAUGAGACCUUCACCUUGGACUGUCCUUUGUUCAAACAGCGCAUAAUGGUUGAAGAUGUUCAAACUGUUAUAAGUUCGGCAGAUCCCAUAUGCCCGGUUGGAUAUAUAAAUUUCACCAAAUUAUCGCUACAACCCAAAGAACCGCAACAGAGCUGUGAUGUUUUAGUGAAAAAAUCUUUGGACUAUAUAAGUGACCUCAAUGAAUCCACAUACAGUGACCUCAGCGAUCCUGAUCUCAGUGAAACUGAGCUGGAACUCAUCGAAAAGGAGACACGCAUGCGUGAAUCUCUUAGCCAAAAUGAAUUGAUAUCGCGCAGCAAUUCGUUUGGUCGACAUCUUGCCACCUCAUCCUCCCCCAUACCGAUAGUGACGAAGAGCGCAAGUGUUGAUGAGCAAACACCAUCUGCAUUGCUCUCCUCGUCGGCUGCUCUGUGCACUGCCUCAUUACAGGCGGGCAGUUUUGGUCCACCACGGCCCUUGGGCAGUAGUACGGCAGCAGUUUGUGGUAGUUUAUCAUUGGCCAUAUCAUCGAUGGCUUUAACAACAACCGGUGGUUUGGCAGGUGGUGGUGGGAUGUCAUCGCUUGCAGGUGGUACAGCUGGAACUCAACCACCUAGCCCACUGAAAUAUGAAAGGGAAUUCCGUCCAAUCAAUAAUCGACCAAUGGUGGCCAUAAAUCAGAAGGGAUGGAUGUGGGUUGCUGGCAUACAAGGCUGCGCUCCCACCCUUGAAGAGGCCAUGCAAAAUGCCAUAGACUCCCUGCGUUCCAUGGCCACGGAACACAAUUAUGAAAUGACUAAUUACUGUUACAUUACUAUCUAUGCGCGUUCCAUUAGUGAGUAUCAAACGCUGAAUCGAAUAUACGGCCAAGCUGUAAAUUUUCAAAAUCCCCCUACACGAGUGUGUGUUGAGUGUCCCUUGCCGGAGGAUUGUCAUGUUAUAAUGGAAGCCAUAGCUUUUAAAUCACCACAACGUCGUCGGGCCACACUCUCGAUACAGGAAUCAGAGGGUUCGGAUGAAAUGAAUACCAGCUGCAGCAGUAGUACAGGCGAUGUGCUUUGUAAACGUCAUACCAUGCAUGUUCAAAGUAUAUCACAUUGGGCUCCGGCCAAUAUUGGACCCUACAGCCAAUCCACAAAAAUUGGUGAGAUAACUUAUAUAUCUGGCCAAAUUGCUUUAGUACCUGGCAGUAUGACAAUCAUAGAAGGUGGCAUACGUCCUCAAUGCAAAUUAACUUUGCGCCAUAUAUCACGUAUUGCCAAGGCCAUGAAUGCUCAGGGUCAAUUACGUGAUGUGGUGCAUGGUAUUUGUUUUGUAACACAUCCGGCCUUUAUAGCCGAAGCACGCCGUCAAUGGGAGAGACGCACAACAAAUGCCAUAAUGGAUUAUAUUGUAGUGCCGGCAUUGCCCCGUGAAGCCCUGGUGGAGUGGCAAGUGUGGGCCCACACACACAAUGAUCGUUUUGAAUAUGAAGAGACUGGUUGCUCAAUUAGUGAUUACACGAUAUCAAUAAGAAGACGUUGGAAUUAUGAAAAUAAUUGUGCUGCCAUUGUUUGUUAUGUCUCAACGGGCAUGGCCUCAUCUACCACACAACUAACUCAAUUAUCGGAUGAUAUUUUAACAAGUCAUUGUCGUUUGGCACAAAACCUUACCGCUGAAAAUAUAGAUAACAUCCUUACGUACACUGUCAAUCGUCUACUUAAAGAUUACCCCCUGGCAAGGAGUAAUGAAAAUCUUACAGUUCCAACUUCCCAUUGUGCCAUAUUGACUAGCAAUAAUGGCGGCUCGCCGGGCAAUGCCAAUAGUCCCACAAACAUCAUAGUGCCAGCUAUACACCUGAAAGUGUUCUAUCAAGUAACAGCAAUGCCAUCUAUCGAUCUAUUGCUGAAUAGUUUAAAUGAAUUUCGCGAUAAAUGUCAGAAAACGGCCAGUAUUGCUUUUACUGUGUUGCCAGCGUGCAGUUUGAACAAUUUUAGCUCUUUUAUAUCAAUUUGCGGUGUUAGACAUGAGUAAAGUGAUGAAAAGUAGGAGAGAGCGAGCUUAAAAACCCAAAAAGCGGGACACUCGUUAGAUGUAUACUUUUUUUUAAAUUGUGUUUUUUGUUUGGAGGAUUCUUAUUAAAAUUUAUUAAAAGCUUUAAUAUUUAAGACUUUGUUUUGUUUCUUUUGUUACUUGGACCAAAUUAAGUCAUGAAGAAGUUUAAGAAAAUAAAAAACACAAACAAAAAAAAA